ACCCACUUUGUCUUGUGAUCAUUCCAUGCACUUCCUGACUAGAUGAAGGUAAACUGGACUCACGUCUACACACGGUUGAUUUGUGAACAGAAAGGGGGCUUCAGUUUGGAAGCAACAAAUAUUGUGAGAACUCCAAUCAAAUAUGAACAAAAACAGUGGGGCAUAUGAAGAUCCAGCAGAUAUUGCUAAACAGCAGGAACAGCACUACUAUCUUCUCUCUCAGCUGCAGAGUCUGGUCAAAGACUUAUCAAGCUCGUGCCAGCAACGAUUGUCCUAUGACAUACUAAGUAACCUGGCCUUGGCUUUGAUCGAUGGCACCGUCUUUGAGAUUGUGCAGGGUUUGCUUGAGAUUCAACACCUGACCGAGAAAAAUCUCUACAACCAGCGUCUGAAACUGCACAGUGAGCACAGAGCUCUUAAACAGGAGCUCCUGAGAAAACACAAGGAGGCACUACAGGGCUGCAAGGUUCACAAUCUGACAGUGCUCAGAGCUACACAACAAAGAGAGCUGGAGGCCUUGGAGCAAAGGGUUAAAGAUGAGCAAAGAAUGAUGGAUGAGAAGAUAGUCUUGGAGUUGGAUCAGAAAGUGAUUGAUCAGCAAAAUACAUUGGAGAAGGCAGGGGUUCCAGGAUUUUACAUUACUACAAAUCCUCAGUCCCAAGCUCUUGUAUCACCAGCAGCAGUGUGCAGGGAUGGAGGGAUAUGGCAAGCAGGAGCUGACCUUACAGAUGAAUUUGCUGGAACUAAUCCUAAAAAUGCAGCAGAAAGUAUCUGAGGCGGGGAGCUGCUGAUCUGGUAUUGGCUCCAGUUUGGAGAAAGAACAGGAGAGGCAGACAAGUUUCAUUACAAACCUUCCAGCAGUCAUUGGAAUUGAAAUGCCAGAGCCAAAGCCUUUAUUGUCCACAGUACAAUGCUAUUUGUCCAGGAGGUCCUGUGAUGAAUCCUGGCUGGUUCAGUGAGAAGGUUUUCCUAUGCUUAAAUGCCUCCAGUAUUACAUGUUAACUCAUUGUAUUUUACACGAACCAUGAAAACUGGCGUGUUAAACAGAUUACUGUUAUUCCUGUUCUACAGUUGCCAUAGGUUCAGAUACUGCCAGUGCAUCAGUAUUUGAUUCCUUCCUUUUGUUUGUCCAACAUACACAAUACGACAGACUUUGUGAAUGAUGCAUUGUUUUUUCUCGGCAUGUCUUGCAUCAAGACCACUUCUGACCGAAAAACACUUUUUGUCUGGUCUAGUCUAAUUUGUAAAGUUGACCGAGAAUCUUUUGAGAGGAUCAAUAAAUGAAUAUUCGGUUUUCUGUUGCUAUAAAUUGUUGAUCAUAAGCUAAGCAAUGUGAGUUUAAGCAAAUGAAAUACUGACAAGGGGAAAUUGGUAUUAUUUAAAACUAUUAUUUUUGUUAAAAUUGGGGUUCAUGCAAAAUGUGUGUCAUCCUUGUUUAAAGUAAUAUUCACUGUACUUUGGUUUACGUGUGUUGUCACUGAACCUGGGAUUCAAGUAUCAGAAUUAUUUUAUCCAAGUAUUUUCGGUUAAUACAAACCUAGAAAAUAAUUUGAAAUGUACAAGAAGGUAAAGUAAAAUCACCAAAAGGCAAGUCAGACUUGUGGCUACUUUAGCAGGACCACUCAGUGAGCUACCAAAUUCUUGUCUGGAUUCAGAAAUUGUAUUGACAGGUCAGUGUUGUAUUUCGACUUUGGUAUGUUCUAUAUCUGCACGUGAUUCUCUAAAUAGCUUUUGGCAAUUUGCUUUUCACACUACUGAAUAAAACUUCUUAGAAUCAUAUCAAUGCUGCAUUUAAAUGUCGGUCAAUUUUUGUUCUGUAAACACGUGUAAUACUGCUCUCUUUAAUUGGGUGACUGAAAUGCACAGCAUAACAUUCGAGCAGAAUCAUGAGACUUUUCAAAAUGGAUGCGUCCAGUUGCUGUUCUAAUUGAUUUUGCAGUACAAAAUUUCCAUGAAUAAAA